GAUCUCCACACGAGAGUCUGAAUUUACAAGCCGCACAUGAACGCAGCAUGUUUUUCCUUCCUCUUGAGCGUCUCGAACCAAAAACAAGCGGAGAGCCGCGCUCACAUGUAGAGAGACCAGCGGCGCAACCGGAGGAGAGAACGGAGCUCAGUGUCAGCCCGAUUAACAAGAACCAGUGACCCUCCACCUCCUCCACCUCCUCCACCUCCUUCUCCUCCACCUCCUCCACCUCCUCCUCCACCCUCCAGCCUGUCCGCUCGGGUCGCUCCACCUUAUGGUUCUCCUCCGGCACAUCUCCAUCGCCCUGACCGCCGCCGUGGCUGCUCUGGGCUCCGCGCUCUUCAUCGCCCUCAACUUCUUCUACAAGAGGCGAAUAUGGUCUCCACAGGCGGAGUACUGCACCAUCAAAGAGGAGGAAGAGGAGCGUGGGAAGCGUCAGGUCCUGGUCCUGGGUCUGGACGGGGCCGGGAAGAGCAGCAUGUUGCAGGGUUUGACCCCCGGGGAGCCGGCGGCUAAGAGAGGCCGCUGCCGACCCACCCGCGGCUUCAACUUCAUGAGCCUCAACGCCCCCGCCUGUCAGCUCGACUUCCUGGAGAUCGGCGGAGGGGAGGACCUGCGGCGGUACUGGUCCGACUACCUGAGAAGGACUCACGUUCUGGUGUACGUGGUGGACUCGUCUGACAGGAGCCGCCUCCCAUUGGCUAAGGCUGAGCUGCACCGCCUGCUGAGGGUGGAGCCCGGGCUGCCCGUGGUCGUCCUGGGAAACAAACAGGAUAAGCCGAACGCCGUGAGCGUGUCGGAGCUGCAUGAAGCCUUGUCUCUGGGCACCGUGACUGAAGACAGGAAGCUGUUCCUCUUGGCUGCCCAGCUGGGCUCUGAUGGGGCCCUGAGGAACUCCCGCCGGGGCCUGGACACCUUCCAGGACCUCCUGCUCCAGCUCGUCUGAUCUCGACUCCCCCCCCACCCCACCCUCGCCCUCCUGCAGAGCCGAAAGUAGGAAAACAAAGGGAUGGCUUCAAGCAAUCUUCCUCCUCCUCCUCCUCUUCCUCUUCCCUGUCUAAGCUCUGGCAUAUUUGAGGCGGAGGACGAGGAGAUGACGAAGACUGCAGGAACUGAUGCAGAGAAAUGACUGAAUCAGAGUGAGGAGAUGCCAAGCCACGACGAAGCACGCAGCCCUGCCUCGCCCUCCUCCUCGCCCUCUGUCAAACGUCAGUGCAGCCUGUUUUUAGAAAAAGCUGAUAUUGAAACUCAUCUCGUGUUAUACUUACUCUCAUCUUACUCACCGGGGAGGAGGAGGAGGAGGAGGACGAGGAGGAGGAGGAGGAGGUGCACAGCGAGGAGGACGAGGACAGCAGGUGGGACAGAAGGAUAAAGGUUUGUUCACGGAUUCUGUGACUCACAACCGCAACGUUCACCUCCUGCCGAUGACUCAGACUUUGGACUUUUUGUCUUAAUGUCGACCUGUGACGGGUUUUAUUUAAGCAUAUAGAUUCUACUGUAUAUAAUAAUGUGUCAUGUUUGUAGAUGCAUAUGCAGAUUUUGUCCGGUUUGCUAUUUUAUGAAAACAUUUUUUGUGGUUCGAUCAAAAAAAAAAAAAAAAAGUCAGCGAAGCAGAGCAGAUGAUAUUCAGGGUUGCCAGGUUGGAGCCUCCCUCCUCCUCCUCCCCCCCCCGGGACUGAAGCUGCAGCAGCUCUGUGAAUUCAUCGACUGGGUGUUUGGAAGAUACUUUGCUGACUCCUACACCGAGGCUUUUCUGAGAUCCUGGGGAAUUGUGUGAGGGAUUUAAAAGGGACCCCCUGACAUUUUGAAAAGCAGAGCGUUGUGUUUCUUGUCACGACUCGAGAAAGUUUCCACGACUUUAUUCACGACCGCAUUCUGAGCGUCUUCAUUUGACACACCGAUUCGUCUUUUGUUUACGCGCUCAGUCCCGACGUCACGACAGAAAUGAGCACAUAUCACUCGACUCAGUGAAUUUAAUUAAACGACUGUGAACGGAUCGAUCGGUCAUGCAACUCCAGAAGAUUGAUAAACAAGAAAUGUUUCUCUGGGGAAAAGCAAGUGAAAGAUGAGAAGAUAAGAUCUGUUUUCAGUCGUUCUCAUCACUCUCAGUUGAUUUAAGGAUUCAUCUCGAUGCUUUCGGUCACGUUACGCUCACAGUCCCGUUUGCUCCGCGGUCAGAUCGCUGUCCGACGCUUCGACUCGGACCAGUAUUCAAUUAAAACGCACAUCCAUGAAUGUAUAAAUGAAAGUGGAAUCGAUGGUGUACGUGUGCAGCGAUGUUUUGCUUCUGACGCACAGUUUUCUAAAGAAUGUGAAGUUUUAUUCCUUUUGAUGUACAGUAAUUCUGCAGACAUGUUGUUUCCACAGCAACAGAGAGUUCAGUGGAUCUUUGUGUGUGAACUGUUUUCAUAACCGAGGAUUUAUGUGUUAACGUAAAUGGAAAAGUGUUGGAUAUAAAUUCAUGCAUGUCUUCACGUUUCGUUGUUUUCUCUUCCAAGAUGUCAUGAAUGUGCCGGCUGCAGGUGUCCAUUAGGUUAUCUAGUCUUAAAGGGGUACGCUGCUGUUUUUACACAUUAAAGUCUGUUUACAGGUCUGCA